AGCCGCGCGGAGACGAAACCGCUUCCCGUCUUCAGCUACAUUCACAUUUCUUUCUCAGAACGCAAAGAACGCGGGACGGACGUGCUCCGGAACGGAGGCGUCAUCGCGGCUCAUUUAACAGAAGGCGGCGGACCCGAUGCAGAUCGAAGCGAGAGCGAGUGAUGUUGCAAGCUCGUUAAUGGAACGCGGUAGAAACAGAUCGACUCGGAAACAAUUGGCAUCCGUGGCAGACCAGAUUGGCUCCAAAAAAUAAACGGCAUCAUGACUGGGUCAUUUAACUGAAUCAUCGUAGCUACGUUGCUGACAACUUCAUUGUUGCGCAUCGGACGGUAGACUGUGAAAAGAAGAAUCUCAGCCGACUGACCGAAAAGACUGCAGUCAAGAGCUCGAGGUUUGCGACCGCUUCAUAUCUCAGGUCGAUCCGGAUCUGCAUAAGCGUAAGCAGUGACCGCUGUUCAUUUAUAAGCCCCUUCCUGAGAAGCUGCGACCACCGCGACGAGCGUCCGGAGUUAAUAACACGGGGAAAAGGAAGUCACGCGACUGAGGUAAUGAGGAUGAUGAAACGACGCGGCUGAUACACCUAAAGCGUUAAUACGUCUCGAACGAGCAGGGUGCGAGUACACAUAUAUUUACUUAAGUACACGGACGGAUGAGAUCGUGUUCUCAUUAAAUGUACUGCUCAUGCAGCUGCUCAGUGAGCUAACAGCAACGACUGAAGCAUGGCUGAUGAAGGAUCUGACACAUCUAAAAAGGGCGAUACCCUAGGGGACAGCGAUGUCGACGGCGAAGUGCCAGAUGAAAUCGAACGCGACGACAUCGCUAAAACUCCGAUCACGACAACGACAAAGAACGCUUUAAUAACGACGCAGCUGGGACCGUGCGAGACCUAUCCGCAUCCUGUCAAAAUUUCGAUCGUGGGUACAAGAAAAGUUGGAAUGGCUUGCGCUAUCGCAAUUCUCAUGAGACGCAUAGCAAGCGAGGUAUGUCUGAUCGAUCAAAACUCGAACAAGGCUUCUGCCGAAGCCGAAGACAUUCAGCAAGCCGGUAUUUUUCUCGGAUGCCCGCUGGUAAUUGGCACAUCAGAUGUCUACAAGGUAAAAGAUUCGACAGUAGUAGUAAUCGCGGUUUGUGAAAAGAAAUCCGAGGAGGAGUUGAAUGUGAAGCGCAACAUCGAGGUGUACAAGAAGAUCGUCCCAACAAUUGCAAAGUUGGCCUGUAAGGCGGUGUUACUAGUUGUAACUCAACCGAUCGACGUGAUGUCGUACAUCACCUGGAAGUUGUCCAAGUUUCCCUCAAGCAGAGUCCUUGGCACGGGGACUUUGCUCGAUAGCUGCAGGUUUCAGGAUUUACUGAGUCGGAAGUUGGGACUGGCGCGCACAUCGAUCAACUGCAUGAGUAUCGGCGCGCAGGGCGACACAUCUGUUCCCAUAUGGUCGAGCGUUCACGUGGCGGGUACAAAGUUACGCGACAUAAACCCACGAAUGGGUGAGGCGGAUGAUCCCGAGAAGUGGCGUGACAUUUCCGAAGCUGUAAAUAAAACCGACACGGAGCUUAAUCGGAAGAAGGGCGAGAGAGGACCGAGUUGUUGGGCACUCGGCUUCUGCACCGCUGAAAUCAUCGACGCCAUCGUCAGAAAUACUAAAGCCGUAUUGCCAGUGUCGACGCACAUACAUAGUUGCGUCCACGGAACCGAUAAAGACGUGUAUAUGUCGGUACCCUGUGUUCUCGGCCGGGAGGGUGUGUACGCCAGGUUGCGACAGAAGCUGAACGAUCAGGAAAAGACGGCGGUACAACAGAGCGCCGACAGUAUCCGCGAUGUGUUGCGUGAGUGCGGCAUUCUUCGCGAGUCGAGCGACAUUGAAGAGUGACGAUCGGCGGCGGAUCGAGGAAAGGAGGAGAGCGAGAAGCGCAGAGGACUUGAGAACGGAUACGUGGUGCGGAAAUGGCGAAUGGGAAGAGAAAGGGGACAGGGGGAGAAGCGACGAUCCUAGAAUGCAUCUUCAUCAAUAAAGGCGAUGCUGCACCUGGCAACCGGUUACCGCGUGCGUACAUUCGAUCGCCGUAAUAAACGAUAUAUGAGUGAAACGCGACUUCCUGGAAAAUUAAAUCAGCCGCGUUCUCCUAAGAUUGCCUGCGAACGGUACAUGCAACUCGCGCUACAAUGUUGCACGCGUGCGGAGCUUAUUACCCUUUCUUUUUUGCUCGAUCGAAUUUUGAUUUACGCAGCCAAGCGAUGUACGGUGGAAAGGUGAAAGGGCGGAAGAAAAUGCACUCUCCAUUGCAUGCGAAGCGAGUAUACGGUUGAGGGUUGCGGCUAAAGGAGAUUGGAUAAUUUAAACUACAACUCUUUUAUAUAUUAACCUUAGGUCUUGUUAUGUACCGAAGUCGUUGUGUUACACGUAUAUAUUAUAUAUAUAUAUUUUUUUUUUAAGUGAAAAUGCAAAGAUUGUUAUGAUGAAACAGCCAUUGUAAUAAGAAAAAAGAAAAAAAAAUAGUGAGUACUAAAUUAGUAGGUCUAUAAGGAUGGAAUAAAAGAGUCCUAAGAAUC